AUGAUUAUAAUUAACUGUUAUAAUUGUGUUAUUUUCACAUUUGUAAUUGCAUUUAAAUUGGCAAUGUGUAAUGAAAUUUUAGAUAUCUCAAAUGUUGACCAUGGAAUAAUAUUAGAAGGUGUUACGGAAUCCGGAGAACUUUAUUCGAAAUCUACAUAUUGCCCAAGAGCCGGAUUUAUUGUCAAAAUGAUAGUAGAUUCAUUAACCAAUCAACUUUUGUGGGAUCGUCGAAAUUCUGUAGAUUCUCUCAACCUUGUCGAUAUUUACAGUAUAAACGGAAACAGAAUAAUUGCAUUGGUGAGUACAAAUUGCUCUGAUUCCUUUGAAUCGAAUUAUAUUGAAAUUAAAAAUAACAUCUGGACUGAGAUUUCAUUCCAUCGGUUUUACUGGGUAUUAGAUAAAAUUAAAAGACUUAGAAUAUUUAAUUUGUUUAAUCCAUUUGAGGAUGAACAUUAUGAAUUGGGGAUUAACUUCACAUCUGGUCUUGCUUCAUGGACACUCAUACCAAGAGAAAAUGUUGAGGUAUAUCAAGUCAGACAAGGACAAGACACGAUCUGGCAACUCACUGAUAUCGAUGAAACUUGUAUUAAAAUAAUAUUUUUCGGUGAUACUGAAACAUCAAAGAUGGUUAACGUAAACACAAGACUUGAAAAUGAUGUAAGAGAGUUGUUUUUUGAAAAAUUAGAUGAUGGAUGGAGUUUAGUUGAAAAAGAAUAUUUCUACCAGAAAUUAAAUCUGUUGGAUCAAGAAGCGCUAAUAGCAAUAGCUGAUGAAAUGGAUGAAGAAAAUCAAUAA